AUGGCAAAGGCAGGCAAGAAAGGAAAGAGUCCAAAGCGACAACAAGGCUCUCGGAAAUUCGACGAAAAUGCGCUGGAGCAUCUCACCUCCCAAAUUGACCAGAAUCUAAAAGGUGGUCGAGAUCAGAAGCGCAAGAACCCCCCAGCAAACGACUCUACGUCAAGAGACUCAAAGAGACAGCGCAGCUCUUCGGGUGCUCCCAAAUCAGCUUCUAAGGACGACACUGAGUUGUUGUUGGCAGAAAUCAAGGCUUUGGGGGGGGAUGAAAAGGAUCUGGACCUCAUUAAGGAUGUGAACUCUGAUGAUGAAGAGCUUGCCAAUGAGCAGAAGCAGAGCGUCGACAAGAGCCUUAAGGAUGAACUUUUAGCCUUUUCAAAGUCGCUCGGAUUUGCCGACUACCAGCCCAGUGAAGCCAGCGAAGAGGAGGCCGAAGCAGACCAAGAUGAUGGCGUGGACGCCGAGGAGGAUGAUGAAGACAGCCUGGGCUCCGAUGAGGAGGAGGUCAAUGGCGAGGAUGAGGAUGAUGAUGAAGAGGAGCAGGAGGCGCCCCCUAAGAAAAUUGGAAAUAUGACGUUUGAUCCAAGAGCUGAUUGGCACGCCACAAAACUUCUAAAGUUGCCCGGUGUGUCUUCUGACAUUGUCGCUCCAUUUAUGGGCGCCAUUGAUUCACUCAAGGUUCAUGCCAAGUCCUUGCUAGAGCAAGAUUCCGCCAAGUAUAGGACCAGCUUCUUUGCUUCAGCUUCCCACAAGUUUCUUUCCACUAUCAUGACAUCCGGUACACUCAAUGAUAAAGUAUCUGCUCUUACAUUGGCCAUCCAAGAGUCCCCCGUUCACAAUAUCAGAGCGUUUGACGGUCUAUUUGGUUUGGCUUCCAAGCGAAGUCGCGCCCAAGCGAUCGGAGCGAUUGGCGCUUUGGUAGAUUUACUCGGCCCGGGAACCAUUCUUCCUCCUGAUCGACGUCUUCGUCAGUUCUCAUCCCAGCCUGGACUCAUUGGAACUUUGCAACGAGCAUCCGUGAAGUCAUGGCAACCUGGACAACCUUAUCCUGGCAAGAUCAACGAGAGCCAUCUCAUUUACUGGGCAUACGAAGACUGGUUGAAGGAAACCUACUUCAAGGUCAUUCAAUUGUUGGAGAACUGGUGCUCUGAUGAGAUUGAAUAUUCCCGAAGCAGGGCCCUGGAUUUUGUUUAUGGGCUUCUGAAGGAGAAGCCAGAGCAAGAAGCAAACCUGUUGAGACUUCUGGUCAACAAGCUUGGCGAUCGCGAACGAAAGAUCUCGUCCCGAGCAUCUUAUCUUCUUCUACAGCUACAGACAUCUCACCCCGGGAUGAAGCCAGUCAUCAUCCGAGCAAUCGAGCAAGACGUACUUCUCCAUCCGUCGCAAGACCACCGUUCAAAAUACACGGCCAUCAACACACUAAAUCAGACUAUUCUCAGCAGCAAGGAGCCUACCGUUGCGGAAGGUCUCAUGCGAGUAUAUUUCGAGCUCUUCGUUGCGCUUCUCAAAGCUGGCAGUCUGGGUAUCGGCUCGAAGGAGGAUUCGGAGAAGAAUGCCAAGAAGCCCGGUGGUAAGCCUCAAGGCAAACCUGCUGGUCAGCGUGGCGACAAGAAGCCUUCAGCGCAGGAGGUCGAAACUGCCGACAAAUUGGUAUCUGCCAUUCUCACUGGCGUGAACAGAGCCGCCCCCUUUGUCGGCGCCAAUGAUACUAUAAUGGAGAAGCACCUCGAUACCCUCUUCAGAAUCGCCCACUCAUCAAAUUUCAACACUGGCAUCCAGGCUCUGUUGUUGAUCCAACAUCUCUCCUCUGCGCGCAGUUUAGGAACUGAUCGAUUCUACCGUACUUUGUAUGAAUCGCUCCUGGAUCCACGACUAGUAUCAUCCUCGAAGCAAGCCCUGUAUCUCAACCUCUUGCUCCGCGCUCUGAAGAACGAUGUUGAUGUGCGGCGUGUAAAAGCAUUCGCGAAGCGGAUGCUGCAAGUUGCAAGCCUGCAUCAACCUCCAUUCGUGUGCGGACUUCUUUACGUUAUCGCGCAUCUCAAGGGGACGUUCCCCGACCUACCAACCUUAAUCCAGGAACCAGAGGAAUCCAUAUUUGAUGAUGGAUCGGCAGAGAAUCGCCCCGUCUACGAUGGCCGCAAACGAGACCCAGAACACAGCAAUGCGCAAAGAAGUUGCUUGUGGGAAAUCGUUCCGGUGCAAGGUCACUAUCACCCAUCUGUAUCAGUGUACGCAGCGGCAAUCAUCGACCAAGACCACAAGAUUCAAAAGCCUGAUCUUGACAGCCAUACCUUGAUCAAGUUCUUGGACAAGUUCGUAUACAGAAGUCCCAAGGCAACUGACACAUCACGCGGUACCUCUCUCAUGCAGCCUCUCAAUGCUACGAAGGAUGCUGGAGAUAUUUGGCUGGGCCGUGCCGCAGGCGCAGUUGGACCCUCUGUCAACUCUGCUGCCUUCUGGAACAAAAAGGCGGAGGACGUGGCAGCCGAGGAUGUCUUCUUCCACGAAUAUUUCCAACAUGUCACUAAGGACCCCAAGAGGCCUUCCAAGAAGGUUGCCAAGGAGGAUGGUAGCGACGAGGAUGUCGAGGAAGAUGAGAUCUGGAAGGCACUGGUUUCUGCUCAGCCUGAUGUCGACGGUGGUGAUGGUGGCUCAGAUGUGGGCUUCGACGACCUUGACGAGGACGAGAUGGCAUCUUCUGACGACGACGAGUCGCCUGAUCUGGAUCUUGAGGACGACGACCUCGAUGAAGAAAUGGGAGACCUGGAUGACGAGGUGGACAUUGAGGGCUCAGAUGAAGAUGGGCUGGUGGCUAUCGAGGAGGAUGAAGACGGUAUCACCAUUAAUGAUUCCAAGGAAGAGAAGGAUAAACGCAAGUCAAGACGCAAGCAACUCAAGGACUUGCCGAUGUUUGCCUCUGUGGACGACUACGCAGAGUUGCUGGCUCAGGAGGAGGACGACUUUUAG